UCUUGUGUUAUCGCGAGAAGCGGGAAAGGGCGCAGGGUUUGAAACAUGGCGGACGACGUAGACCAGCAACAAACUACCAACACUGUAGAGGAGCCCCUGGAUCUUAUCAGGCUCAGCCUAGAUGAGCGAAUUUAUGUGAAAAUGAGAAAUGACCGAGAGCUUCGAGGCAGAUUACACGCUUACGAUCAACAUUUAAAUAUGAUCUUAGGAGAUGUAGAAGAAACUGUGACUACUAUAGAAAUUGAUGAAGAAACAUAUGAAGAGAUAUAUAAAUCAACGAAACGAAAUAUUCCAAUGCUGUUUGUCCGGGGAGAUGGCGUUGUACUGGUUGCCCCUCCGCUGAGAGUUGGCUGAAACAAAGA